AUGUCUUAUCUGUUAAAGAAUGGCCUACUUCCACCGGGAAGUGAUUCUCCUUCGCGGGUAGCUAGUGCCAUAAAGAAGGACAUGGAGCGGGAUAUUCCGCCUAACCGGAACCUGGGGAGUUUCAUUUGUACACAGCAUUCUGCCGCCGCGACGGAGCUCAUAUGCUCCAAUUUCUUCAAAAACCAGGCUUGCGUGGAGGAAUAUGGUACCGUAUCAGAAUAUCUGGAUCAGUGCAUCUCGAUACUGUCCCGUCUGUGGAACAGUGGGGAGAAUGAAUUGCCCGUGGGCGCGGCCACCACCGGCUCGUCCGAGGGUAUCAUGUUGGCAGGACUGGCAAUGAAGAGAGCCUGGGAGGAAAAGAAAAACGCUGUGGGCAGGCGACCAAAUGUCAUUGUCGGUUCCAAUGCGCAUACAUGCAUUUUUAAGUUCACCACCUAUUUUGACGUGGAAGCUCGAGUAGUUCCUGUGAACGCAUGCAGUGGGUUCGCCAUGGCUCCGUUAGGAGUAAGGCAAAGGCUGGACCAGGAGACAGUGGGGGUCUUCUUGACUCUUGGGAGCACAUUCACCGGUCACUACGACCCUGUGCAGGAGAUAGGUCAGUGUCUGGAUGAUUAUGAGCGCCAGACAGGACACUUCAUUCCAAUUCAUGUGGACGCUGCGAGUGGCGGAUUCGUUGCUCCUUUCGAUCCAGCCUGUGACAAUGUGAUCUGGGACUUUCGCGUUCGUCAAGUCCGAUCUAUCAACGCAUCAGGACACAAGUUUGGGUUUUCACCCUGUGCGGUAGGGUGGUUGGUUUGGCGAGAUCAGUCGUGUAUCCCGCCUAGACUCCUAAUGGAGUCGGUCUAUCUGCGCGGUACACAGACUGCCUUUACCCUGAGCUUCUCGAGAUCGUACGCCCCCGUCAUUGUCCAGUACUUCAACUUCCACAGCCUCGGCAACAAGGGAUAUCAAGAGAGGAUGGCGACGUUACUCUCAGGUGCAGGGAGGCUCAGCAGUGAGCUGAACGGAUCUGGGUAUUUCCGGUGCAUCAGCCCAGGCCACGAGCCCUCGCCACAAAUUGAAAAGCAGGAGAGGAUGAUUUGUCUUUGUCACGAGAUAAAUUGCCCAUCCUAUCGGACAUCUCAACCACCUAGCGCCACCGGACUUCCCGUGGUGGUCUUCACAUUGUCUGAUACUUUCGCGGCACAGCACCCGCAGGUCACCAUCUCGGAUCUGAGCGACAGGGUCUAUCACAAGGGAUUUUCCAUUCCUUAUUAUGCGUUACCGUAUUGGGGCCCGGAUGGACGAGGUAUUGACGUUCUUCGGGUCGUGGUCAGACAGGACAUAGUUCCGCAGCUGUCAAUCAUUUAUGAUUUGCUGACGCAUGAGAUCCGUCAGCUGUGUAAAGAGUGA